UGAAAAAAAGCAAUGUCAUAAUAAAACAAGUAAAGUGCGUGUCGUAUGUCCUCUAAAUACAUGUAAAUAUUUUACUUAAUAAGUAUUUUACAAAUUAUUUAUGUGGCUUAGAAAAUUUCCAAAGCCACAGAAAUUGUUUUUCCAACAAAUUAUGAAAAUGGAGACUGAUCAGUCUUCCACAACUAACAAGACUAUUUCAGAGGGGCAAGCCAACAUUAGCUUGACCAGUGAAAAAGUUUUUUAUAACCCAGUACAGGAGUUCAACAGGGAUUUGAGUAUUGCGGUUCUCACAGUAUUCACCUUUGAUUAUAUAAAAGAAAAACAAGCUAAAAGGGAACAAAAAUUAAAGAAUAAAAAAGAACAGGGUGUGGAAAAUAUUGAAGACAAUCAUGAGCAGGAUGAAGUAACAAUCUUGGAAGCUCUAUCAGCCACAGGUUUGAGGAGCAUCCGUUAUGCCAAAGAAGUGCCAAAUGUUACCAAAAUCCUGGCCAAUGACUUGUCUAAGAAGGCCGUUGAGACUAUACAGGCUAAUGUUGUACAUAACAAGGUACAACAUCUCAUAGAGACAAGUCAUGAUGAUGCAUGCAUGGUCAUGUACAAACACAAACACCCAGCUCUCCGGUUCUCAGCCAUAGACCUAGAUCCGUACGGCUGUCCAUCUAUAUUCUUAGACUCGGCCGUGCAGAGCGUACAAGAGGGAGGGCUUCUGCUGGUAACAGCGACAGACAUGGCCGUUCUUGCGGGAAACUCUCCGGAAACCUGUUAUUGUAAAUAUGGUGCUGUCAGCUUGAAGACCAAGUCUUGUCAUGAAAUGGCGUUAAGAAUACUACUGCAAUGCAUAGAGCAGCAUGCAAAUAGAUACAGCCGCUACAUAGUGCCUCUGCUCAGUAUAUCUGCAGACUUCUACAUCAGGGUCUUCGUCAAGGUUUACUCAGGAGCUGCCCAUUGUAAAAAAACCACCAGUAAGCUAUCAAUGGUAUACCAAUGUGUUGGCUGCGACAACAUAACCUUACAGCCAUUGGGUGCCUUCAAACCCAACCCUUCAGAGAAAAAUCCGUUGCAGACCAAGGCUUAUUUACCUCCAGCGCCAACGGUUACCGAGCAUUGCAUACAUUGUUACCAGAGGCAUCAUAUGGGAGGCCCAAUAUGGUCAGCGCCUAUCCACGACGAGAACUUCGUAACCCGGGUACUGACUCACGUACACGACCACCCGGAUCUGUUCGGCACCUCCAAACGAAUACACGGUAUGCUAUCAGUCAUCCGAGAAGAAUUGGCUGAUGCUCCAUUGUACUACACGCUGGAUAAAUUAUUCGGGAGAGUGCAUUUGGAGACGAUGCCUAUGAUGAUUAUGAGAUCUGCGAUCCUCAACGCCGGUUUCAAAGUAUCAUACUCGCACGCAUCAAAGUUGUCGAUCAAGACCAAGGCGCCUGCGCAGCUCAUGUGGGACAUCAUCAGAACGUGGGAAAAGACACAUCCCGUUAAACCUGCCAAGUUAGAAGCAGAUCCAGUGGCUAAAUACCUUCUCAGCCAGCCGAUCAAGAGCACUGUGGAUCUGACUGAAAGGCCGGACGCCAACCCCAGCAGUCGCCGCGAAGGCUGCCUUCGGUUCCAGUUCAACCCCGCGCCUUAUUGGGGACCUGGCUCCAGGGCCGCUGUCAAUGUGGGCGAAGAGAAAAUGUCCAAGGCGAUAAGAAACCAGAAUAAACAUUCAAAUAAGUCAAAAUCAAAACGACAACGUUCUCCGCAGAGCGACAGCGAAGCUCGGAAGAAACUUGAUAUAGACGAAUCAUGA